UCUUGUUGGCCUUGAAAAACUAACUCAUUGAGAAAGUGACACAUAUCACUAUUUUGGGCUAAGCAAAAUUGCCAGACCUUUCCGUUUUGGGCUAUUCAAAAUUCGUUGUUACCAUAUCAAGUAAAUGGAUCGAAAGUGUCAGAAGUGUAGGAAAAGGAAAAAGGUGAAAGUGGUUACUACUAACCAUCACUCGAAGUGCAAAAAGACCAACUGUCGAAAAAAGCAUCAUGUUCAAACUCAAAGACACGCCCACCGCCACCCAAAGGAUCCCACAUCGAAGGUGUUCCACAAAAACUGCUGCAAAUACAAGACGCAUUCACAAUCCUUGAAGGUCAAUCAGUGCAACCUGGCCACCCAGUGUCCUUCUCGCACGAUCCCCAUCGCCGCCUCUGUUCCUCUGCUGCAACAUCCUGUUCGCCGAACGGUGGUGAAGCUUCCUGAAACGGUGGUCAUACACAUGCGGAAUGAGGAGGAUGCCCGUCGAGUGGCAAACAGCUGCAAAAGGACCCUUUUGAGAUCCUUUGUCCCAGGACCGAUGGUCCAGAGAGAUGAAAACUCGAGAGGAGAUCGCGAAAUAGAUCUUAGGCCACGUCGUGUCUAUCGAAACGGAAGAGCAAGGCCGUCCUUUAGCGAAAUGGACUUGAAGUACGAAAAUUCGUUUCAGUAGAGCUAUGUUCAGUGAAUAUGUAAAUGUAAAUAUUUCUAUAUUUUUUACAUUUUAAAAACAAUGCACUUCGAAA